UGUUGCCCUAGUGAGUUUUUGUCCAGCGGGCUACUCCUGGUGGUCUAUUGUCUUCAUGGGCUAUUGUCCUAGUGGAAUAUUAUCUCAUUUCUCAAAUUUGCUCAUUAUUUCAACUAAAUACUUCUCAAUUGAAUUCUUUUUUCAGACAAAGCCAGUUUAUAUCCCUGAAAAAUCAAAAGACUAUAAGCCAAGAGAGCCACUGGAAUUUAUCCGAAAUAUUUGGGGUUCAAGUGCUGGUGCAGGAAGUGGAGAUUUCCAUGUUUACAGAGGUGUGAGAAGAAGGGAGUAUGCAAGACAAAAGUUUCGUAAAGAGAAAGAAGAAAAGGAGGAAGCAGAGGACUCAUACCGUAAGAAAGUUGAGAGUAAUCAAAAAGCUGCGGAGGAGAGAACAGCUAAGAAGAGAGCUAAACGUUUGAAAAAGAAGCAAAAGCAGAAGAAUAAAAAACCUAAAAAAGAAGAAAAAGACCAAUCAGAUGAAGAAGAUGAUGAUGAGGAGGAGUCUGAUAAUGAAGAUAAUGAAACUGGAGAUAAUUCAGUCAGUGAUAAUAACAGUAGAGAUAACUGUGGUGAAAUACAAACUGAAAAUAACACAGAAAUAACUAAUGAAACAAAUAAAAAGACAACUGAACAUGUAGAUAGCAUUGACAGUGAAAGUAAUUCUCAAGUAAAGCAUAUAAAUGACAACAAUACCUAAUAGUAGGAGAAUAAAGUGUGAAUAAAAGUGAAUGUCUGUCGUCUUAGCCAAGUGAUACUAGUAAAUGUUACUAGUGUAUAAAUGAAUAAAGGGUGGGGGAUUAUAAUUUUCAUGCACUUAACAGAUCAGCAAGAUUUUUUUUCCUGUUUUUUCUUCAGCGAAUAUCUUUAAAGGAUAAAAGUGAUUUCAUUAAA